GCAAGGAGGAGGAAGAGGAGGAGGAAGAUGAAGAGGAGAUAGACUCAGGAGAAGAAGAGGACACAGGAAUAAAGAACAUUGGCUCCCCAGGGGGUAGGUCUGUGGUUGUUCACUACGACAAAGAGAAUAUAGAAAAUAUCGUAACUACAGGACAACCUUUUGCCCAAGAGGAGAGGGAAAACCCUAACAUCAGAAACAUAGAGCAAGGUGCUUACGAGAACAGUGAUGUGAAUUGUUUUGAGGGUGUUACUGAAGAUGACACCAUGAAGAUCACAGCAGAUAUAAGUGAAGGGAUUGAAGAAGAGGAGAGACCGACGGCUGAAGAAAACCAAGAGAAAUCAUCUGAUUCAGACCUGGAGGUCCUGACAAGCUCUAUCACUGAAAACCAGAGAGAAGAGGGAAAGAAAGAAGUGAACUUACUCUCCCCACAUUUUCCCCRGGAGAAUGAAGAGGAAGAAGAGGAAGAUGAACAUGGUGCUCCAGAGAUUGUUUCUGAUUGUYCUGAUCCCGCAGCAACACAGAAUCUGCAAUCUCUUAUGGUCGAUACCUUUGUGGAACACCCGCUUGAGGAGAAAAUUAAGGACUUCCUAGGGGACGACCACCAAGAGGCGGGUGAAAGCUUUGCAGAUUACCCCUUUGACUUCUCUCCAAGUGAAUACGACAAGGAUGGAGGGAAAGGGAGAGAGCAAAACAAAAAUGGSAGCACACUGUCUAGUCCCUCUGAGGGUCAUUUAAAGAUAGAUGAGAAUGUCUACCCGGAGAGAGAGAUAACCGAGCAGAAGGAUAGCCAUGUACAGGGAGAGGAAGACGAAAAGGAAGAUGCGAGACCUGCUAUCUCUCUGAGCGUAGAAGACAAACAAGAUUUUGCAGAUUGUGCGAUGUGUAAUAUCAAUAUUGACAUUAGCACAGGCAAGAUUAUUGAAGACAAUCUUGAAGCUGAUAGCUCCAGUAAGGAUGAGAAGGAUGAAGACCCAGAGAAGCAUAAUGAAGAACACCCAGCCCUGCCAAGAUACCAGGGUAUUCCUCAGAGAGACUGCGGAUCUGAUGUUUCACCUCUACCUGACUGGGAGGGUGGAGAGGAGAACAGCUCCAAGCAGAGUGUUGCUGACCUGCAUCUUUCAGACACCAUCUCCGAUGUCCCCACUUUUACCCUUCASAAUGAGGCUGGACCCAGUACAGCAGAGGUAACCAGGUGUAACAGGGGUAAGAGGAGUACAGGCAACAUGUCAUCAUCUGACUCUGAGGAUAAUUUUCCCGGAGAAUUUUGUACGUUGGAGACUGAACUAAGAAAGAACAAAGGGGAAACUUGCAUUUGGGGUAAAGAGGAGUAUCUUCGAGAAAUCCCGCCGGAGCUAGAAGGAAAGUUGGAGAACCACCUUAACACCAAUAUAAGCUGGGACACAGGGGAUAAUAAYGUGGACAGGAGUGGUUUCAUUCUAGAUUACAAGUAUGAGGGGAGCGGAAUCACAGUCGGAGAGGAACAAUUUGCAGAUGAUGAAGAAGAGGAGGAGAGGAGUUGGAAACAAGAGAGAGUGAGAAUCGAGGCAUUCUACAAGUUUUAUAAUGACGAAGAGGAGAAGGAGGCCAUGGAAACGGAAGGUGCUUUUUCAGGGAGGAAGCCUAGAGUUCAGUUCUGCAUGGAUCCCCUGCCUCAAGUCAUUGAAUAUACAGACAGCAGCAGUGACACGGAUUUGGUCGACAGCUCAUCUGACAGAGAGGAGGACCUGGAUUCUACAGCAAGGCUUGAAGAGCAGCGAGCAGAGUCAGAAGCACAAGGAGAAAUACAAGAUCUCAGCAAAAUACCUCGGACACACAGCAAGAGAGCCGAGUAA